UCAAAUUGAAAUCUUAGCUUCAGUACUGUUGUUGCCAUUCAAAAAGUAGUUAAAAUCGAAGUUUCAUAUUCAAAUCCGAGGAUAGAUGGUCUCAGGGUUUAUGGAACUUGGAUGUUCUGCUACAACGUCACUAUAUAUCUAGCUCUUUGCUUGGCCAAUCCCCACCUACCUCCUAGGAUACCAUUUCCACUUUUAAGUGAGAUUUAUCCAAACCCCAUAUCUGCUUUGGAGAGAUUUCAGCUUUUUCUGAGCAUUUCUUCAAUGUAUCGUAAGCUAUGAAGAUCCCUAAGCUGAUAUUCUCCUUCCUUCUCUUUGCCUUGACAGCAAUAUCAUUUCAAAGGGCCAUUGAUGCUCAAGGUCCCAAAGAAGCGGUGGUUGAUUCAAAUGAUAACGAGGUUCUCUUGGGUUUAGAUUAUUACAUCGCAGUCACCAGUCCAUUUGACGGGAUGUCUCUAGCCAUGGAAGCCAGCUGCCCACCUCCUGUUGUGCACAGGAACAAUCUCUCUUUGCUUCCGAUAAAAUUCUCAUCGGUGGUUGAUUCCAAUGACAAUGUGGUCCGAGAAGACACUAGUCUGAACUUGGAGUUCAAUGUCGAGCUCAACAACAGUGAUUGUAACGUGCCGACCAUUUGGAAAGUUGAGUUUAAUGCAUCCAUGCAACAAUGGCUGGUUAUGAUCGGUGGGGAUCGAAGUCAUAAUCGGUUUCAGAUUGCCAAGGCAUGCCCAUAUAGAAAAUAUUUCUAUCAGCUUCGUUACUGUCCGGUUCUCGGGUCCAUCCAAUUCCCAUGCGUUACAGUUCGCUCUCUUUUCAAGAAUGGAUUAAACUAUCUGGCUCUCAAUGGCGAUCCUAUAGCAAUUGUGCUGGGACAGCUUGUAUCUUCAACAUGAUGCUAUUCUGGAAUAUUACGAUCUUCAAACUUUUUUCCAUGGAACAGGGGGCUGCAUAGCUAGGAUACACUUUUGUUGGGGGCCAGGGGACCUGGCUGGAAGUACUCUUGAAUAAAUAAAUUCCAAGCUUUUGCA